AUUCUGGUAUCUCACCACACGACUAAAUUAGACCAAAGAUGAUAAGAGCACAAAGCAUUAUAAUAAUUCCGCCGGGCUCCUCCUCCUUCCAGCCAUGCGUCCUAAUUAAUGGGACACCCCCAGUCGCAAAAAGCCCCGCACUGGACUGCAACAUAGUCAAAGAGUGAAAGGGAAGAGGGCGAAAGUGCCACUGGAGAUAAUUGAUUACCUACCAAUCAAUGAUAACUUGUUAGUAAUCGUCAACUCUUUGGACCUCGCCAUUUUCAGGGAGGCAUCUCACUCCUGCGGACUUGCUGCUCCCGAGGAUCGACACUUUGAAGACAUCCCGUUUUGGAAUAAGAUUUUCUUUUCUUCAGUCUCCCCUCCGUAUCUUUGUUGCUUUUCCCCACCUCCUAACUGUUAUGUGAGUUUUUUUCCUCUGUAGCAUCGCUCGUUUUAACCGCUAGAAUAUUUCAACCAAGUCCUUUAUAAACUCUGCGCACAACCAAUGAUGACAUCCAAAGAAGUGGCCAAAUGUGAUGCAGUGGAAAACAGGAGGCGAAGUCCGCUGGACCACUUGCCGCCUCCUGCCAACUCCAACAAGCCGCUGACCCCCUUCAGCAUCGAGGACAUCCUGAACAAACCGUCUGUGAAACGAAGUUACACAAUUUGCGGCACAGCUCAUCUAAUUUCGUCCUCUGAGAAGCACCGUCCGUCCAGCAUCCCUCUGUCCAGUCGGGCUCUCCUCAACCAAACCUCCCCGCUCUGCGCGCUAGAGGAGCUGGCCAGCAAGACCUUCAAGGGGCUGGAAGUCAGCGUUUUACAGGCUGCGGAAGGCCGGGACGGGAUGACUCUGUUCGGCCAGAGAAGCACCCCGAAGAAGCGUCGGAAGUCUCGGACGGCGUUCACCAAUCACCAAAUCUACGAGCUGGAGAAGCGCUUCCUGUACCAGAAGUACCUGUCCCCGGCCGACCGGGACCAGAUCGCGCAGCAGCUGGGCCUGACGAACGCGCAGGUCAUCACGUGGUUUCAGAACCGGAGGGCCAAGCUAAAACGGGACCUGGAGGAGAUGAAGGCCGACGUGGAGUCGGCGAAGGCCAUCGGCCAGGUCCCCUUGGACAAGCUCGCCAAGCUGGCGGACCUGGAGAAAUGCGCCAAUGGCACGCUGGGCCACCCGCGCGCCGAUUCCCCCGCGCGGGGCGGCCAGCAGGAGCUCGAGCUCGCUCAGAAACUGCGGAACUCGCCGCUGUCUCCGUUCUCAGACCACACAACUAGUAAAGAGUGCUCAGAGGACGAGGACGUGGAGAUUGAUGUGGAUGACUGAUGGCGCAGCGUGGGGGCUGGAAGCUCGAGAAACACUAAAAAGACGAUUUAAAAAAAAUCCUACCGAGGACUUGUAACUUACUGCUUAUAUUGUAUACCAUAUCUCAGAACAUGUACCAAAAUGUAAUGACUUUUAUAUCGGCACAGAUAGACUAUUCAUAGUGAAGCAUGAACACAGAACAAGAAAUAUGCAGUGGUAUUUUACAAUGUAUUCAUUAGCAAACUGUUACUUCUUGCAAUCAAAGCAAUAUGGUCUAAAAUGACAUGAGUAACUUAUUAUUUUUUUACACUAUAGGCCAACAUACACACAGACACACACACUUACACUUAAACACACCAACACACACACCUGUUCCAUCGCUUCUCCUACGGCCUACCCUCACACACACACACAUACACACACACACACACACACACACACCACAAUGAAAGUGCUCCAGUUUCUCAUAUGUUUUGCAUGUAAAUGCAUGAUUUGAUUUGUGAUCAUUAUCUAUUUAUUUUUACUUUAGUUUUUUAUUUAAUUGUUUUUGUGUUUUUCUGUGAGCCAAAUCGCCAUCGAGUCACUUUGUCACUGCCGGCUCUUCCUCCUCCUCCUCCUCUUCUUCUUCUUCUUCAUCAUCUGACUGGACCCCCCCUUGACUUCAGUUCAUAUUUGGCGUCCCGAUGCUGCAGUGCAUGAUGAUGAUGAUGAUGAUGAUCGGAAAAAGCAAACUCGGACAUUCACAGUUAUGCGUUUUAUGGGAAUGCUCACGCGACCGGCGAGGAACAAAAAUGAAUAUUGCGGUGAUUUUGACGAGCUGUAGGCUACUUUUUAGAUUUAUUGUUUGGAUACAAUAGAUUUACAGUUAUAAAUUUGUUAUGUUUUGUACACCUGUAAGUGCCUUUCUAAAAUCAGGACAUUAUUUGAAAAACCAAUGCACAGACUGUAAUGUAUAUAGGCUACUAUGGGAAUAAAAUGGCUUUUCUCAA